AUGACAACUUCAACAGUUAAUGCUGAUAAUGGCGGAGAACAACAAGAUGAUGAAUAUUUCCAAUCUUAUUUUGAUUGUUCAGUUCAUGAAUUGAUGAUAAAGGAUAAACCAAGAACUGAUGGUUAUUUAAAAUCAAUUGUGGAGAAUGCUCAUGUUUUUAAAGAUAAAAUUGUGAUGGAUGUUGGUGCUGGAACUGGUAUUUUGAGUUUAUUUGCUGCUAAAUAUGGUGGUGCUAAGAAAGUUUAUGCUGUGGAAGCAAGUCCUAUGGCUAAUUUUACUAAAUUAUUUGUUGAACAUAAUGGAUUGCAAGAUGUGAUUGAAGUUAUUCAUGGAAGAGUUGAGGAAAUUGUUCUUCCUGUUGAAAAGGUUGAUAUUAUUAUUAGUGAAUGGAUGGGAUUCUACUUGUUACAUGAGGGUAUGCUCGACUCUGUUCUCUAUGCUAGAGACAAGUAUUUAAAUCAAGAUGGUUUACUAUUCCCUCAAAAGGCCAUUAUUUACAUGAGUCCAUGUGAAAUGAAUAAUUUAUACAAGGAAAAGGUUAAUUUCUGGGAAGAUGUUUAUGGAUUUGAUAUGAGUGCAAUCAUGUCUAUGGCCAUGUAUGAAAUUUCCUUAAAACCAAAGGUUGACAUUAUUUCACCUUCUCAACUUUUGCUUAAAAAUCCAAUUGUUGUGAAGGAAUUGGAUUUGGGUAAAAUUACUGUUGAUGAUUUGAAAUAUAUUGAUUGUGAAUGUCACAUUACUCUGGAUAAUAUCACUGAUGAAGAAGCUCAAACACAUGUUCAUGGAUUUUGUGUAUGGUUCGAUGUUGUUUUUGAACCAAACAAGGUCAUUCUCUCAACUAGUCCAGCUGCUCCACCAACUCACUGGAAACAAACAAUUAUUAUGCUUCCUCAAGCUAUGACCAUUCCAGCUUCCAAGAAAAUCCCAAAGACUACUCUUGUCAUGACACCAAGUGAUGAAAAUCCAAGACAUUACGAUUUGUCACUCGAUAUUCCAGAUGCUUUCAAAGAAGAUUUUGAAGAUGACGAAAUGGAUCUCAAAGAUAUUAUUAUGAAUCAAUACGCAGCAGAAAUGGAAGAUGUUGAUGAGGAACAAGAAGAACAAGAAUAA